CACAACAUCAUCGAGGUGUUUAAAACGUGUUUCAGCCACAGGGAACCAAAUCCCUGUCUCAUGAAUAUGAAGUAAUUUGGGUGUUGUUUGCAAAUGACUGUGUGGAGAUGUUUGACAGAGCGGCGCGCUGACACUCUGAGGUGAACACCGAGCCGCCUCUCGGAGGAGAUAUGAGGGGGAAAGUGUGUGUGUAGCUCCAGUCGGGGAGUGGGCUCUGAGACUGAGGCUUGGGUCGGUCAUAUGAGUGCGAUGCCGAACAAAACAAAAAAAGACAAGGAAUCGCCGAAGUCUGGAAAAGUCAGUAAAACUGCAGGACAAGAAAAUUCAGAUCAUGAGGGAUCCAACAGGAAGGGCAGCAAUAGUGUGCCGCCCACCACACAGCUGCUGAAGGGGAAGCAGUCUGGAUCUCAGGCCCCUGUCAAAAAGGAGAAGAGGCAAAGCUCCUCUCGCUUUAGCCUCAGCAAUAACCGGGAGCUCCAGAAACUUCCUGCCUUCAAAGAUGUGCCCCCAGCGGAGCAGGAGAACCUGUUUGUUCAGAAGCUUCGCCAGUGCUGUGUGCUCUUCGACUUUGUAUCCGACCCACUGAGUGACCUGAAAUGGAAGGAGGUGAAGCGGGCGGCGCUCAGUGAGAUGGUGGAAUACAUCACGCACAACAGAAAUGUCAUCACUGAACCCAUCUACCCGGAGGUGGUGCACAUGUUUGCAAUCAACAUGUUCAGGACAUUACCGCCCUCAUCCAACCCGACAGGGGCAGAAUUUGACCCAGAGGAGGAUGAGCCCACGUUAGAGGCUGCCUGGCCACACCUGCAGCUCGUCUAUGAAUUCUUCCUUCGGUUUUUAGAGUCUCCAGACUUCCAACCAAACAUAGCCAAAAAGUACAUCGACCAGAGAUUUGUCAUGCAGCUCUUAGAACUCUUUGACAGUGAAGACCCCAGAGAAAGAGACUUCCUGAAAACCACUCUGCAUCGCAUUUAUGGCAAAUUCCUAGGCCUCCGGGCCUACAUCAGGAAGCAGAUUAAUAACAUAUUCUAUAGGUUCAUUUAUGAAACGGAGCACCAUAAUGGAAUAGCAGAGUUACUUGAAAUAUUAGGAAGCAUAAUCAAUGGGUUUGCCUUACCACUGAAAGAAGAGCACAAGAUAUUCUUGUUGAAAGUUUUGUUGCCUUUGCAUAAAGUCAAGUCUCUCAGUGUUUACCACCCGCAGCUGGCGUACUGUGUGGUACAGUUCUUAGAGAAGGACAGCACUCUCACUGAGCCGGUGGUCAUGGCUCUUCUGAAGUACUGGCCGAAGACCCACAGCCCAAAGGAGGUGAUGUUCCUCAAUGAGCUUGAGGAGAUCCUGGAUGUAAUCGAGCCCUCCGAGUUUGUCAAAGUUAUGGAGCCUCUCUUCAGGCAGCUGGCGAAAUGUGUCUCCAGUCCACACUUUCAGGUUGCAGAGCGGGCCCUGUAUUACUGGAACAACGAGUACAUCAUGAGUCUGAUCAGUGACAAUGCAGCCAGAAUCCUGCCCAUCAUGUUUCCAUCUCUUUACCGCAACUCCAAAACCCACUGGAACAAGACAAUCCAUGGUUUGAUCUACAACGCUUUAAAGCUGUUUAUGGAGAUGAAUCAGAAACUCUUCGAUGACUGCACACAGCAGUUCAGAGCAGAGAAAAACAAAGAGAAGCUAAAGUGGAAAGAGCGUGAGGAAGCCUGGAUAAAGAUAGAAAACCUUGCUAAGUCAAACCCCCAGUUCCUCUUGUAUAUUGACUCAACCAGCUUGAGUAGCCCAAUGGAGAUCGAAACAGACGGCAUAGGAAUGGAUGAUGUCGCACUGCUCAAAAAGACAGUAGAAGAAGAAGCUACGCAGAUUCAGAGGGAGCAGCGGAAAGAGCGGCCGUUAAUGCGUCGCAAAUCGGAGCUUCCUCAUGACAUGUCCACAGUAAAGGCUCUGGAAACUCACCGACGUGCAGAGGACAUGAUAACCACCCGUGAUGGCCACUAAAGGAGCAGAGCAGCUCAGAGGCCGAGAACAGCACGCCCAGUGCACAGCAGCAGAGGCAGCAGCACAGGAUGGCCUGGUGUGACCUGGAAACCUGGACACACUUUUAGCUCUGCUCCUAUAUAGAGCCACAGUGACCCUCUCUCGGCCAGUGCCCCUACGCUGGAGUUUUUAUUUUAGACCUUCUCAGGUGUACUGUUUCGUUUUUGUGUGGUCCCCCCCACCCCUCCCCCCACAAAUCUCUCCCUUUCUUGUCACAUGCAUCUGCACUGACUUUCCCCUCCUCAUCACUUACCAUUGUCAUUAAAAUAGUAGGUGCUAGGGUCAUUUUCAGCACAGGAGCACUUGCAGUGCGACUGCUGACCAUUGUGUUUUAAUUGAGCAAAAGCCUCUCGCCCCACAUGAAGACGGGAGAGUGCGGAUUUUGGGUGAAAAUGUGUAUACAUCUCUAACCUUUUGUUUUUCCUCAAUGCUAGGACAUAGCUGCUAUUGCCUCCAGCUUUGUGCCUCAGACUGGUAGUUCAUGUCCGUUUAUGUGUGAUUUGUUUGUUUUAUGUGUUCUCUGGUCCAGCAAUGGGGACUGUCAGCCAAGUGUCACUGUUUGUUUGGCAAAAGGAGCAGAUUUAUGGUAUAUAUUUUAAUUUUAAAAUAAGCUUGCCAGACUUUUGGAAGCUCCUAACCUUUAUGAAUAUCUAAAGGAAAAUAUUCCUCUGUAGAAAUUAGGUCUUGUGCCAAUUUAUUUUGUUGUAAUAUAUUUUUUAGAUGCUAUUCAGUACACCUGGCUAUAAGUUCACCCAGACUGUGUGGAUGUUCAAACAAUGGUAAAUGAUUUGAUGCUUUUGCGUCCAUGUUUCAUCGACCGUGAUGGCUGUUUCAAGGAGUUACUUUUGGUGGAAGAACUGCCUGGAGCUGCCCUCAUGGUGAGAAUGCACCUAGGACUUCAUUCCAAACAGCAGUCUAUUUUGGAUGGUUUUUAGCAUUAUCCGUUUCCUUAGGCCGAGAUUAAAGGGGUCUCGUGACGUCCUUUUAGAGUUUACUCUAACGGACUUUGAACAAGCUGUGCGCGUUUCUUGUUUAGUUCGUAUCCGCUGACUGGUCGUUAAUGGAUAUGUAGACGCACCAGUUUGUCACAACAAAAAGUAAAACAAAGCCUUUAAAUCGAGUGCCUUUUAGUUGGUAGACAACGUUGGUGAAAUGCUGAAAGUUUGAUAAUGCUGUAAGCUUAUGUAAGAUCUAAAGGCCACAAAGUGUUCUAAUUUACAACCAAUACGCUGUUACAGAAAUACCUCCAGAUUAGAUGAUGGAGAAGAUGAUGGUCAUAUCCAGUGACCUUUGAUUAAAAACAUGCACUGUGGGUAUAAUUAGACGGCUUAUCAAACGGCUGAAGGAGUCACUGUGUGACUCGGAAGGGUGGAGUAACCUAAUGAACAAGAGAGAUUAGGCCACAUUUACCUAGUAUGGUCCAUAUUGUGUCCAGAGAGGACAAAAGGCUUUGGUGUGGUUUAUUGUUUUUUUUUGUUUUUUUGUAAUUUCAUCUCUUUUGUUAGGUUAAAGACCUGGGCCAUUGUUUGAACUUCCAUUAUGUGCUGAGAUGAGGCUCAUAACAUUCUGGGGGUCUUGUAUAUCUUUGGGAAUUGUUCAAAAUGAUUGAAAGUAUUUUUUUUGUUUGUUCUUUUUGCUUGCAUUAGCUUGUUCGAUUUGAAUGUGCAAGUUUGUAUAUAGGACUACCGUGAUCAGUCUUUUUAAUUGUCAAAGAAUAGCAGUCACCAAUAAUUUGUUCCAAACUUCAGCUGUUUCUACAGGCCAAUGCAUUUCUUUUCUUUUCUUUUUUUCUUUUUCUUUUCCACUAUCCAUAUACUAGUGCUCUACAAGGAGUAAGUAGUGCAUUAGAGCACUGCUACAGUGUGUGUCAUCCUUUCCUCUGCAAACCGGAGCUUUUUUUCAGCAUUAAAUGGCUUUAAAUGAA